CUAAAACCACGUAGAUACUACAACAACCAUCACUAGACAGACAAAAGUGUCCAUCGUCAAAAGCUGAAGUCGGUAAGGCGGCGGAGAGGCCAGUUCUUUUCCCUCCUGAGCGGGACACAUGGCUUCAAACAGCAUCUUCGACACAUUCUCCAGCUACUCGCCCAGUUUACUGCGAGACCCAAGCACGAGCAGACGGUUCACGCCGCCCUCCGCCUCGUUCCCGUGCGCUAAAGUGAAUGAGAGCCCGAGCAUGAGCGCACCGGGUCCGCAUCGGGCCGGCCGGCCGUUGGAGAGCCGCACUAUGGUGGACGUGCUGGCGGAUCACGCCGGAGAGCUGGUGCGCUCCGACAGCCCCAACUUUCUCUGCUCGGUCCUGCCGUCACACUGGAGGUGCAACAAAACUCUGCCUGUGGCUUUUAAGGUGGUGGCUCUGGGUGAUGUUCCUGACGGGACUCUGGUCACGGUGAUGGCGGGGAAUGAUGAGAAUUAUUCCGCGGAGCUGAGAAACGCGUCUGCCGUCAUGAAGAACCAGGUGGCGCGAUUCAACGACCUGCGCUUCGUGGGCAGGAGCGGCAGAGGAAAGAGCUUCUCUUUGACCAUCACUGUGCUCACUGGACCACCCCAGGUCGCCACAUACCACCGUGCUAUUAAAGUCACCGUGGACGGACCUCGAGAACCAAGACGUCACCGAAUGAAGCCGGACGACCCUCAUAAGCAGUUCACCGAUCGCAUGAGUGACAUCGAACGUUUCCAGAGGGCCAGUCUGAGGAUGAACCCUGGCAACGGGACCACCCGCUCCCACCAGACCCAUUACAACCCCUCCAACACCACACCAAUACCAGCAUUAUGGCCAGAUCAGAUUGACUCUUCUGCACUGAAGACUUGCAAAGUGGAAGACGACUUACGCUGGUCAAGUACGGAUCUGUUCCCUCAGAGGACGUCUUUCCCGUCUCUCUCUCCAUUAACGGCACCUCGUUUCUCUGAUUCACACAUGCAUUAUCCGGGUCCCUUCACUUACUCUGCCAACCCGUCCAGCACUGGAAUCGGUGGUCUCAGCGUGGCCGGGAUGCCCACCUCCAGCCGCUACCACACCUACCUUCCGCCUCCAUACCCUGGCAACCAGAACCAGAACUCCCACUUCCAGACCAACUCCUCACCGUACCACCUGUACUACGGCACCGGAUCCGGCUCCUACCAGUUCUCCAUGGUUCCGACUGGCGGCACCGGAUCGGGAGGCGACAGGUCGCCCACCCGCAUGCUGACGUCCUGUAUCGCGGCGGGCGGAGCCGGAAACAACAGCCUGCUCAACGCCAGCCUCGGCAACCAGAGCGACGGUGUGGAUGCCGACGGUAGCCACAGCAACUCGCCCACAGCAAUGAGUGCAUCGACACGCAUAGACGAGUCCGUCUGGAGGCCUUACUGAGAAAUAGUGUGCAGAAAGACUGAAGAGGAGGAAAUUAAGAGAACAGGUGAAAAGUCUUGCAUGUUUGAUCGUUUAAUUGCUUCUAUGACAUGUCAAUCGCUUCUAAGACAACCAAAGUGAUCCAGUGACCAGAAAUGAGAGAGCUUUUGCUCUGGAUGCUCCAUACGGGAUCAAAACUAAAGGAGGACACAAGUCUCACAGGAAAAUCAGGUGUAUAUAGAAAGAUUAUAAUUAAAAAAUAAGAAGAAAAGGCAUCCCAUAGUAAUAUAUCAGCAACUUUUCUUACUAAAAAAGCUGAAAAACCAAAGAAAAGGAAGGCAGGUGCUUCAAGGACAUAUUCUAAUGAGCCUGUCUCUGAAAAAAGCCAAUUCAUCCAGCCUUACAAACCAAUCUGCCUGAAAGCUGUAAUUCCCAGAGUGCUUUGCAACCACAAAAACUUGUCAUGCAAACAAUAUGAAAGAGCUUCACAGAGCUGCAGGACUGUGGGACUUUCGAUGUGUAAAUAUGAUGAUAAACAAAAAUGCUUCCCACAAGUUUCAGGUACUUUCCAAACUUGAAAUGAUGAGAUGUGAUCAUUGAAUACAAGUGUGGGUCAGUGUGAGCUUUGUGAGAUGUUAUGCCAAUGGGUUUUUCAUUCAAACGGAUUUUAGGGUGAAUAUCACAAAACCUGUCAGGAACAUAUUCAGGUCAUAUUUAAUGAGAAAUGAGAAAUUAUAUUUUGCAUGAAGAAAAGGAUGCUUAAAUUCGAACCAUUCAUUUUGCAUUUUCAUUGUGACUCUGUUUUCAUCACAA